CGCUUAUCGACAGGAAGAGGCGAAGAUCAGCAGCAUGUACGGCCAGUUUUCGGCCCAUCGGUCUUACAGCCUCGCGCCAGCCAAGGCCGUCCUCGCGGACGCGCCGGCCAAGGCCAAGGACCCGCUUGGCACGGCCAAGAAGCCGCCACCGUCCAAAGAGAAGAAGCGCGCGACGACCAUCGACUACGAGAUGACGGUCGGCGACGACGUCGCGCAGGCGUACCACGACGCGUCCGUCGCCAUGGAGCUGCCACAGCCCUACGUCAUGGAGCUCAACAAGAACUUUGUCGUCGUCGAAAACUGCGCCCAGCUCACGACGCUCCUCAGCGCGGCGCCCAUCCGCGCCCAGCCGCUUGGGUACUAUCGCACGUCCGACGGCUUUGACAUGUAUGUCUUCGAGUGCACCCUCGGCGCAACGCCCGUCGAGAAGCGAAGCUGGAAGAUCCAUCGGCGGUACCGUCACUUUGACGCGUUCUUAACGCAGCUCAACACACUCGCGCCGUCGAUGCGCUUCCCGUCCCUCUCGGGGUCGUAUUUGCAGAUGUUCCGCGCCAAGCAGUGCGCGGACCGCCUCGUCGAGCUCCACGCGUGGCUCGAGAAGGUCUUUGGGCUUCUCCAGGCCGCGCAGUCGCUGCCCGCGCCAUCCAAGCACGCGAAGCUCUUCGUCUUGCUCUGCAGCUUUCUCUUUGCGGGCGCCAACACGCCGUACAUUUCGUCGACCGCGCCGACGCUGGCGCUCCCGGCGUUUGCGUGGUCGUACCAGCAAGUCACGAUCCGGCUCACGCAAACGCCGUUGUAUCCGUCCAAGGUCCGGUCGUCCAUCGAGUCGGACGCGGGCCUCGGGCUCCGUCUCGCGCCGGCGCAUCGCGCGAAAGAAGAGACGGCGACGGUCUAUCGCGGCGCGCUUCUGCAGGCCUUUUUGCGGCAGCAAGUCGACACGGACCUCCAGCACGUCCGGCUCGGGUCGCACCUCACGCACAUCAACGGCGUCUCGGUCGAGGACGACGAGUUUGCUUCGAUCCUCUUCCAAUUGCGCUCGAUGGCGCGUCCGAUGCAGCUCACGUUUCGCUUUGACCCGCGCCCGUACCGCUUUGAAGACGACGACCUGCCGGAGCGCGACAGGCUCUCGAGCCUCGCGACCAGCGACCGCGCCAACUCGGUCUACAUGGCGGGUGGCUCCAUGGACGUGACCGAGCCGCAGACGCCCAUGCGCGUCUUCGAGUCGGUCUUCUCGGACGCCUUUGGCCGCAAGCGCACGGAUACGAUCCAGCUCCCCGACGAUGUCAACGAAGAGGUCGAGAGCAACCAAGAUGACGUGAUCGAGUCCUGGGACGACGUCGGUGGCUUUGUCAUGGACACGAUCUCCCACGGGUACUUUUUCGCCAAGCUGCACGCCAAGGCCAAGCCGACGGAUACGGCGUUCGCCACCGGCAUCUGGAGCACGGCCGCCGGCCCGAUGAGCGUGCAGUUUACAGGGUGCCGACUGCGCGGCAAGGACGCCGUGUACCUCUCGGCCACGCCCAUGCUCUUCAACGCGCCCGAGCCGAAGAACCCGCCACGCAAGCAAGAGCGCCGUCUUGAGCGCGGCAUGGUGCUCACGGCCGUCAACAAGGAGUCGACGUUUGGCCGGUCGUUCAAGGACGUUCUCAAGCUCGUCGAGUCCGCGUCGCAGCCGACAGCAUUGACAUUUCGCUGGUUUACGGAAUACAGUCUCUUUCUCGGGCCCAACUUGGACGCAGUGGACCAAACGCUCAUCAACCGCCACAUUCGCGACGACCCGACGCCGACGCCCAUGGAGCUCAACUCGCUCCUCGAAGCGCAAGCCAAGAUGUUUCGGAGCCUCCAGACCGCGCUCACGGAGAACGCGUCGCUGCGCAAGGACAUGCAGGUCAUCCAAGAGUCCAACCGACUCGUGCGGGAAGACCACGCGUCCGCGCUGACUGCGUACAAGGGCCUCUUGCGCGCGAACGAGCGGCUCGUGGAGCGCUGCCAGGCGCUGCAGUACGCGCUCGAAGACGUGCAUCUGGAUGUGCAGCAGACCGCGAAAGAGCGUCGCGCCGCCGAAGCCGCUGCCGAAGCCGCUGCCGCGUCGCUGAGCUCGCACUUGGAGAAGGCGCGCGUCGACUCGCUCCACUACCUAAAGGCCCACGAGGCGCGGUGCCUCGCCGAGUGCAACAAGUCGAUCGAGGUCGCCAAGCGCGUGGCCGAGGCCAAGACGAAGAAGCAGGUCGACGACGCAAUUGCGGCGCUCCGCACGCAAACGAACGCCGCGAUGCAGCGCCUCGUCGAGGAAAACGCCGACGAGAUCGAGUUUCUCAACCAGCAGCUCGCGCUCUGGAAGCAUCAAGUCGAGGUGCUCACCGAGUCGGACCGCCGGGAACACGCCGCCUCAUCGUCCAAGCAGCCGAAGAAGAAAGCCCUCGAGAUCCCAGAAGACACGUUGUUGCGGGAGAUGGAGCAGCUGCAUGCCCAAGACCGCCGCGCAGGGUCGCGCGUCCGGUCGGCCUCGAAUGCAGACACAAACAACAACAGCAGCAGCAACAGCAAUAGCUCGAUUACCAAGGGCGGCAACAGUGCCAGUGCGGCAGUACCCAAGCCCUCGGUGUGGGACCGCGUCCUCGACUCGAUGAUUGGCGACUGA